UUAAAGUUUGUUAAACGAGACUUGAAGCUCAAGAUAUUGUGAUGAAAGUAUAAUUUCAAAGAAAACACCGAAUCCAUAAACGUGGCAUACCCCUCAGUUCAGGCCGGAAGUAGAAUCGUCCUUUACCUAACACGGUACGACUUGUCGUGUUGCAGUACAGAGGUUUCUCUCAACAUCUUGGAAACUCAAGCUAGAAAUUUACUAUUUCUGGCUUGAAUUUCGAUUAAUCCGUAAGAGUCCAUCAAUAAUUUAAAUUAAUAAAUGAACUGGAGGUUUUAAUCACCACGGAAAGUGCAUGGUCCUGGCGUGAUUAGUGUUUCGAGGAUAAUUUUUUUUCUAACGUGGUGACAACAUGGAAGAUGCACACACAAAAACGGUAGAAGAAGUGCUAGAAUAUUUCAAAGUUGAUGAAGAAACUGGAUUAACUGAUGAACAAGCUAAAAAGGGACUUGAAAAAUAUGGACCAAAUGCCUUACCAGCUGAGGAGGGUAAACCUUUGUGGGAGCUGAUAUUGGAACAGUUUGAUGAUCUCCUGGUCAAAAUUCUUCUCCUGGCCGCUAUUAUUUCCUUCGUAUUAGCCUGGUUUGAAGAAAGUGAAGAUCAAGUAACAGCCUUUGUAGAACCCUUUGUGAUUCUGACUAUUCUUAUAUGUAAUGCUGUAGUAGGAGUCUGGCAGGAAAGAAAUGCUGAGAGUGCUAUCGAAGCCCUGAAGGAGUAUGAACCAGAAAUUGCUAAAGUGAUCAGAAAAAGUCACAGAGGCGUACAGAGAAUUAAGGCCGUUAAUUUAGUACCAGGCGAUAUUUGUGAAAUCUCAGUUGGAGAUAAAGUUCCAGCAGACAUUAGGAUUUCCACUAUCCAUUCCACAACGCUGCGCGUAGAUCAGUCUAUUUUAACUGGUGAAAGUGUUAGUGUUAUAAAACACACAGACCCCAUUCCUGAUGUGCGUGCAGUGAAUCAGGACAAGAAAAACAUACUAUUUUCUGGAACAAAUAUCUCAGCAGGGAAAUGCAGGGGUAUCGUCAUAGGAACUGGAUUGAACACAGAAAUUGGAAAGAUUCGGGACGAAAUGAUGGACACAGAGACAGAGAAAACUCCACUGCAACAGAAACUGGACGAAUUCAGCCAGCAACUCUCCAAGGUGAUCACAGUUAUUUGCGUGGCUGUAUGGGCUAUUAACAUCGGCCAUUUUAACGAUCCCGCCCAUGGUGGAUCAUGGAUCAAGGGAGCUAUCUACUACUUCAAGAUCGCCGUCGCCUUGGCUGUGGCUGCCAUCCCGGAGGGUCUGCCAGCUGUCAUCACCACCUGUUUGGCUUUGGGAACCAGAAGGAUGGCCAAGAAGAAUGCUAUUGUCAGAAGCCUGCCCUCUGUGGAGACCCUGGGUUGUACCUCCAUUAUCUGCUCCGACAAGACCGGAACGCUCACCACUAACCAGAUGUCUGUCUGUAGGAUGUUCCUGUUUAAUAAGAUUGAGGGAAAUGAUAUUAAGACUGAUCAGUUUGAAAUCACUGGAUCCACCUAUUCACCAGAUGGAGACUUAUAUGUUGGCAGUAAGAAAGUGAAGGCAUCUGAAUUCCCCGGACUGGAGGAAAUAGCCACUAUCUGUGUGAUGUGUAAUGAUUCCAGUGUUGACUACAAUGAGGCUAAGGAUACGUAUGAGAAGGUAGGGGAGGCAACUGAGACAGCUUUGAUUGUCCUGGCAGAGAAGAUGAACUACUAUAACACUGACAAAAGCAACCUGACCAAGCGCGAGAAAGGAACGGCCGCGGCCCACGUCAUCCAGCAGAUGUGGAAGAAAGAGUUCACGCUGGAGUUCUCCCGCGACAGAAAAUCCAUGAGUGUGUACUGCUCACCAAACAAACCCUCCAAAGCUGGAGGGGCCAAGAUGUUCUGUAAGGGUGCCCCUGAGGGUCUGUUAGACAGAUGUACUCACGUACGAGUCCAAGGAAACAAAAUCCCAAUGUCACCUGCCAUCAAAAAUGAAAUCAUGAAGCAUGUGAAAUCCUACGGAACUGGUCGUGACACUCUAAGAUGUCUGGCCUUGGCCACCAUUGAUAACCCACCCAGGAGAGAGGAUAUGGACUUGGAAGACUCCAGGAAAUUCAUUCAGUAUGAGACUAACAUGACAUUUGUUGGAGUGGUUGGAAUGUUGGAUCCACCCCGUAAAGAGGUUAUGUCCUCCAUCAAGGAGUGCAGAGAGGCUGGUAUCCGUGUCAUUGUCAUCACUGGAGACAACAAGGCUACUGCUGAAGCAAUCUGUAGGAGAAUUGGUGUAUUUGGAGAAAAUGAAUCCACUGAGGGCUUAUCCUAUACUGGACGUGAAUUUGAUGACCUUUCUCACGAGGAGCAGAGAGCAGCAUGUAUGAGGGCCAGACUGUUUGCCAGAGUGGAGCCCACACAUAAGAGCAAGAUUGUAGAGCACCUGCAGGCCGAGGGAGAAGUCUCCGCCAUGACUGGUGAUGGUGUAAAUGAUGCCCCCGCUCUGAAGAAAGCUGAGAUUGGUAUUGCUAUGGGCUCUGGAACUGCUGUGGCCAAGUCUGCUUCAGAAAUGGUGUUGGCUGAUGACAACUUUGCCACCAUUGUGUCAGCGGUAGAAGAAGGUCGUGCUAUCUACAACAACAUGAAACAAUUCAUUAGAUACCUGAUCUCAUCAAACAUCGGAGAGGUUGUAUGUAUUUUCUUGACUGCUGCUCUGGGAAUCCCUGAAGCUCUGAUCCCUGUACAACUGCUGUGGGUCAACCUGGUCACUGAUGGUUUCCCGGCAACUGCUCUCGGAUUUAACCCACCUGACCUUGACAUCAUGAAGAAACCACCCAGGAACUCCAAGGAAGGCUUGAUCACUGGCUGGCUGUUCUUCAGAUAUAUGGCUAUUGGAAUUUACGUUGGCUGUGCAACUGUUGGUGCUGCUGCCUGGUGGUUCAUGGUGUACGAUCAAGGCCCACAACUCAACUAUUACCAACUUACUCAUCAUAUGCAAUGCCCAGCCGAACCAGGAAUGUUUAAGGGUGUAGACUGUCAUAUAUUCAAUGACCCUCAUCCUAUGACAAUGGCUUUAUCAGUCUUAGUCACAAUAGAAAUGCUGAAUGCUCUUAACAGCUUGAGUGAGAACCAAUCACUACUGGUGAUGCCUCCCUGGUCAAACAAAUGGCUGAUUGCAGCCAUCGCCCUCUCCAUGGGCCUCCAUUUCUUCAUCCUCUAUGUGGACUUUAUGGCUAUGCGUUACAUAAUGUCAACCAUUUUCCAGAUUACACCCCUGAACUUGGCCGAGUGGAUUGCUGUUUUGAAGAUCUCCUUCCCUGUCAUAAUUCUGGAUGAAACCCUCAAGUUUAUCGCCCGCAAAUUCACUGACGUGGAUGGUUAACUUCCAUAAGAAAAGAAAAAAUUAGCUGGUUGCACUGAUCUCUAAAUGACUACCCAAAUUUCUUCUGAACUCGUUCCCCCAUCUUCGGCUUACAGUAUGACGGAGCCUUUAGUGCCAGAAUAUGCACCUAUCUGGACGCUUUUAGACAUCAUUUGAGUGUUCCGUCCAAAUUUACUCAAUUUUAGUCUGGUAUCUUGCUACGAAGCGAGCUCUCCUAGGCAUGAAGGGCAUACAAGUGUUGCACGUUAGCAGACUACAGUUGAUAAUCACUGGAUGACGUCAAAAUAAAACAUGGCGGAUAAACAGUUUCUUUCUUAGCGACUGAUAGAGAGUCUGUGAACCAUUUGUAGAAUGACUGUAAAUUUCAGUUGUAAAUGUGUAAUAUUAUUGUUAUUUAUUUAUAAUUAUAUGGCAUUAUUUUAUCUGCUUGAAAUAGUUGUAGUAACAAUUUGUAGUCUUGUAUGUUUAUACUUUUUACACUAGUAUGCUCAAAUAAUGAAACAGCAUUUGGAGUAGGUGCUUGCAAAUAUCAUGUUAAGAGAGUCUUGCAGUUUUAUGUACAAAUUUAGGUUUUGCAUGGGGAUAAAGUGCUGUUUGCGCAUAUUGUGACGUUUCUGGAAGUUCAGUGCACCGUUGACUGCAAAAUGUGCAAUGUGACGCUCGAAUGUAGUACAUAACAUCUGUGUUCUCUUAAAUAUGUCGGAAAUCUAAUUUUACGACCCAAUUUUACAGUCCAAAACGUGGAACUAGACCCAUACAAGAAAUAUAGGUAAAGAUCAGGACAGUUCGAAGGAUUGCAACAUCCGGUUUCCGUAGAAAAUCCGCCAUGUUUCAUAGUUAUAAUGCACAAACAGUUACCUCCCUUCUAUGGAUUGAAAAUCCUGGCGGCAUUAAGGUGAAAUGUUUCGGAAGAAGAAAUUCCAGUAGAUCCGACAAUCACUUCGAGCCAGGAAUUUAUUUCGAACACUCUUGAAAAACAGUACCUCUUUCUUCCAUUUCAACGAAAAUGUGUGACGUGUGUGAUUCUGUAGUUUAGACUCCAAAUUGAUAUAUUUUAUGCAAAAGUGUUUUUAUCAUUGAAUGAAUGUCCAGACAGGUCAAUGUUAUUGUGAGAGAACUGAUAACAUUAUAGUUGUUGUUUACUUUGUCAACACCACGGAAUGUUGACAAACUAAGUGACUUUCAUUGUGUGAAUGAUGUUAGUUGUUGAACAUUUUUUGAAUAUUUAUCUAUCGUCUCCCAUAAAACUGGCAACUAGUUUCUGUAUCUUCAGUACAGUGUUGUUAACUACUGGCUGUAAUUUGAUGUAAUUGAUAGGGCCGAAUAUUGACAUCCGAUUGUUGUUUUGUUUUGAGAGAUAGCAUAUGCGGAUUCAUGUGGCCUCGAAUAAAACUCUCAACAGGAAGUUUGGCAAUCGUAUGUAUACACUACCGAAAAUGUUUGUGUAUACCAGUAGAGACAUUCCAGGAAAUUUAGAGACAGAUUUAUGAAAUAAUUAUUUUAUCGAGAAACUAAAGGCAGUUUUGAUAUGGAAUUCAAACAGUUAACAGAAAACUAAGAAGAAUAUUCAUUGCUAUUAUUGUGCUGUUCAUACCACUGAAAUCCCUGUUUGAUCCACUCCCCAUUACCUCAAGCAUUGCCAUGUGUAGCCCUCCUCGUCAUUGACCACGUGCUUAUCACGUGACUGCAAUGAAAUCCUGAUGAAGAGUGAGCUGCUAUAAAGAGUCGAACGUGUAUUGUAGUUAGUGUUGUUUGACUGGUGUAAUUGACUCCUUUAAAUGGCAGCAUUUCCCAAGGACUGCCAGUUUCCCGUAGAAAUAAAUUUACUAUUUUGUUUGUA